AUGGUAGAUCCUUAUCGCUACUAUGGCAAGGCAAAUAUGACCGAAGAAGAAAAAAGACAGCUAAUAAUUAAACUUCCAAAUGAACCAAUACCCAUAGGGUAUACUAGCUUAAGGGACAUCUUGCCCAGGGAAAAAGAUUUAACUAUUUUCAUGGAUUAUGUUUAUUUGUUUGGUGAUAUAGUUGAAAUGUUAGGAAACCCCAAUGAAACAUUUACAAUUUUUGCACCUACUAAUUCAGUGUUUCGUAACCUACCAUACCAACCUACAAGUAACAUUUCUGUAACAGAGGAUCCAACGACAAAAUUACAUAAUUUUGUGUUAGGACAUAUUGUUGAAAAAAACUUGAUCUCGCUUUCUGUUGGUGAAGAAUUACAGACAAUGUAUGAAAAUGUUAAAAUCAAAGUUGACAAAGAUAUCAAGGAUGAAAAAUACUUGUUGAAUGGAAAUAUACACACUAGCGAGAAUUAUAAGGCUGAUAAUGGAAUAUUUUAUAAGGUUGAUGGAUUAUUAGUUAAAGAGUAUUGA